UAGAAGAAACACAACUACAAUGAACGUGCUGCUGCUCCGAGUUUUCACCUUCACCUCUGUGUUCACAGGUCCGAUGGUCGUGUUGGCGUCGACCACGGAGACAGUGGUGGGCGUGGCCGGAGGGAGGGUGCUGUUGCCAUGUCGCUCAGCAGCGGCCAAUCAGGAUGGAGUGGAGGUGUGCUGGGGGAGGGGUGAGCCAUCGUUGUUCACCUGCCAUAACACUGUGAUGAACAGCAAGGGAGGCGUGGUCAAGUACAGGAGCUCCAACAGAUUCUCUGUGUCAUCCACAGUCUACGGACGCCACGCCUCCAUGUCCAUCUAUAAAACUCGACCAUCAGACUCUGGUUUUUAUCACUGCAGAGUCCAGGUGCCCGGUCCGUUCAACGACCAGACCUUCACCGUGCACCUCAUCGUCAUCAGCCCUCAGUCUGUGGUCUCUGACUCUUCAGAAUCAGCCAAUGUCAACAAACAGACCCUGAACACACCACACACUACAGUCAGUUAUGACAGUGGAGAUGUAACAGCACAGACAGGACGUGACAUCACAACAGAAGACAGUACUGGACCAGUGGUGGCCCAGGUUCAGGUUCCUGUCCAGCAGCAGCAGCAGCUCAGCAGUCUGCAGACGUUCAUUGGAAACACAGUGAGGGUGUCCUUCAUCAUCUUCAUCCCUGCCGUUCUGUUGACAGCAGCAUACAGAGUCUGGAGGUCGAAAAAAAAAGCUGAGAGUGACCGGAGGCUGGACCAAUCAGAGGAAGAGGAGAGUUCUGUGUAGAGACCAUGGACCAAUCACAAGAGCCCAUCAUACAGGACCUUAUUUCUGCUCCUUGACGUCUCUCAGAGUCCUUACCACAUGAACAUUUUUGUUAAGAUGACAUGUUUGGACAUCUCUUCCAGCUCUUUUUAAUUAAAUGUUUUAUUUACAAGGUGGUUUGUUGUCACAAAAUGUUUAAGGUACCUGAAUGCAGCACUAUUACUUCAGUACUUAAUGAUAUCUGCUUGUAUUUUUUUUCUUUAGAUGUUAAAUUGUCUCUCCACAUUAAUAGGCUUCUCUUUUUACUCUUUGUUCAUUUAGGGGAUGAUUAGUUUGUUUCCUGCACUGAUAAACGCCUUUGCAUGACAGUCUUCAACAAGACUUAAAGACUGACAAUAAGUUUGCAUUUGUCAUUUUGUUUCAUGACUUUUUUUGUUACUGAUCUUUUUCAUCUUUCAGUUUUUCUACUUAUUGAACAACUGACUUUUAACUGAUUCAGUGAUUCAUGUUUGUACUCUUCAGUCUGUAUCUUAUACUUAAUGUUGUGU